AUUUUAACGAAGAAGACGACGUCGAUUUGACAACGUAUUUCGAGGAAAUUAUUUAUUGUAAUGAGGACUUAAAUGAUAUACACAAUAACCUAGAACCUGUACCUUUAAAAGGUGAUUCUUUUAACACUUUUGAUGAAGCUGAACUUCACAUGGCUGAAAGCGAUAAGGUGGUUCGCAAACGAACUAUUCUCUGCAAGCAUUCUAGUUCAUUCAAACCUAAAAACAACCCCAAUUUCCUUGUAUUUGUUACUACUUUUAAUGAUGAACACAAUUAUGAUUUAUUUCCUGAAGCAAUACGUUUUGAAAAAAACAAACGGUUUACAGAAGAGAUGCGGAAAGAAGUAGAAUUCCUUGUUACUAAAUGUCAUCUUAGUGCAACUAUGGUUCGGCGUAUCUUAAAGGAGAAUGUAGUUAGAAGUGAUGCGUCACAGUUUUACGGGCAGUUGUUAUCAAAACAACAAGAAGAUUCCCAUUGGUUUGUUGAAAUUACAUGGGAAGAAGAAACCAAUACCUUAACGAAUUUGUUCUGGAUGAGUCCAGAACAAAUUCUAUUAUGGU